CUGUCCCAACACCCCUCCCUCUAGCCCGGGCGCGCUGCACCUCAGAUGAGGAUUGGUCGAAGACAGGAAGGCGGGGUUUGGAGGCAGGUUAAGAGCGCUCGGCGGGUGGGGCCACGCGUUCCUGAGAAGGUUCAAUGGCGUGGCAGGGGAUGGCGACCGAGUUCCUGCAGGUGCCGGCGGUGACGCGGACCUACACCGCAGCCUGCGUCCUCACCACCGCCGCCGUGCAGCUGGAACUCCUCAGCCCUUUCCAGCUCUACUUUAAUCCGCACCUCGUGUUCCGGAAGUUCCAGGUCUGGAGGCUCGUCACCAACUUCCUCUUCUUCGGGCCCCUGGGAUUCAGCUUCUUCUUCAACAUGCUCUUCGUGUUUCGCUACUGCCGUCUGCUGGAGGAGGGUUCCUUCCGCGGCCGCACGGCCGACUUCGUCUUCAUGUUUCUCUUCGGGGGUGUCCUUAUGAUCCUGCUGGGGCUCCUGGGCAGCCUCUUCUUCCUGGGCCAGGCCCUCACAGCCAUGCUGGUAUACGUAUGGAGCCGCCGCAGCCCCCGGGUGAGGGUCAACUUCUUCGGCCUCCUCACCUUCCAGGCGCCAUUCCUGCCCUGGGCGCUCAUGGGCUUCUCAAUGCUGCUGGGCAACUCAAUCCUCGUGGACCUCCUGGGGAUCGUUGUGGGCCACAUCUACUAUUUCCUGGAGGACGUCUUCCCCAACCAGCCUGGCGGCAAGAGGCUGCUGCUGACCCCUGGCUUCCUGAAGCUGUUACUGGAUGCCCCAGAGGAGGACCCCAAUUACCUGCCCCUCCCUGAGGAGCAGCCAGGACCCCUGCAGCAGUGACCCCACCCAAGGCCAGGGCCAGUCCCAGGGGCCCAUCUUCCUGACCUCUGGCAGGACUGCAUUCCCCCCACAACCCUGGCUUGUAGCACAGCUACCUGUCCUGGAGGCUGGGCCAUGCCCAGGGCCCACCCGAAUAAACAAUGACCUGCAUCCUCUUCACACACAGCACUGGCCCUCCUGCCUCAGCCGGCCACACCUUUCCAUGCAGGGACUAGACUGGGACUCAUCAUCCAGGGGCCUGCUGGGUCUCGGGAAAGGCGACGGUCCUGUCCUGCCUGAAAAUGGGGCUGGGGAGGCACCUUGUGUUCCUGUCCUG